CGCAGGGGGGUGUAAGAGGUGAAGGCAGUGUGCGACGGAGCAGGUGGUGGCGAGCAGAGGCUGCAGAGCUAAUGUCUGGCGUCCUUCUUUUGCGAUAGAGAGGAAACUUCAGUGGAUCUGCCUGUCUUCAACCUUCUCAAUGGUCUACCGCUACGUACAUGAACUUCAGGUGUUCUUGAGCUUGGAAGCUUGACCUUCAAUUUUUGCCAUGCCACAGACUCGCGCGGGCACCACAUGCGGCCGUGUUCCCAUUGAAGGCGUCGGUGCCUGCCCGUCCUCGGUACCUGGCGGAGAGCAACAAGUGCCACAUAUACGUCCUAUCAGAAAAUUCUUCGAACUUGCGAGGUGGGCGAGCUUGGCGAAAAACGCUCGAGGCGCGGAAAGAUUGGCCACGGCUGAGAUGUUCGGCAGUUGCCGAAUAAUGACCAUAAAGCCAGCUUUCAUCUGUGGCCAUCGUAGAAGGCUGACUGACAGUGCGAGAAUGUUCAGCAGUGGAGAUAUUGACACAAGCGUCCAUUUUUCCGCAAGGUGCUUUGAAGAAACAGGCAAGGUAUUCCCAAAGGGCGACGAUGAAUUCCGCCUGACAUCUGUACAGUCUUCAGAGAAGUACGUUAUUGAAUCCUCUGAUAUGCACCUCAAUCAGAUUCAUACAUUCCAUUUUAUGCAUCACUCAACGCCACACCUCCACGCCUUCCUCUCCCGCGUAGUUCAUCGGCUCCUUCGAGCAGUCGCCCUGCAUCCCAGUAGCGCCUGCUUAACGAUGGCAAGUACAAUAUGUGAGAGCUAAGGGUUCAAGCAUGGCUUGCGAAGGGGUGGAGGGUCGCAUGUAAGGCCCAUGAAGGGCCAGAUCCGCGGAUGAUUGGCGUGGACGGCGC